UGGGCGGGGUUGAGCCAACCUCUAGAUUCUCCCAGUGUCAAAUUAAACAAAUCUCCUUCGUUAGGGCAACUGAAUACAACGGAGUCUCCGGCGAGUCCGCGCCCUGAUCGACAGGGUGCUCCGCGUCCUCUCCCUCGAUUACACCAGUGCGACAUUUAUACAUCUGCGACUCCAUUCCUUCCGCGAGAAUACACAGUGAAAUUCAACGGUGCUUUUCAGUUUCCAUCGCGAGAAAGGAAAAGACGGUAAGAACGUGAUGUAAUUUCAAUUUCACGGCUCGUUAGAUGCGUCGCGACAGAACAUCCCGACGGAACCGUUUCCAUUGUCCGAGAAAAAGAAAGGAUAACGCAGAAGCACAGAGAGUGAUAUUGAAAGUCUCCUGACACUUUGACGACUUGCAAACGACGCGUUUUUCAUUUUAGACCUUUGAGAAAGUAUUCUCGAUGCAACAGAGCAGUUGUCCUCAGGUUCAUGGUCUCUUCGCGGAUGCGAAGGAUCAAGCCUGUGAUCUGCGUGCUCGAGAAUACUGGUACAUCUUUCCAAUUGACAAAAUGUUCCCCGUAAAACGUGCGUACGGAUUCGCUAGCCUGGUCCCGGAAGUGCUGCGUGCCGACUCUUUCGCCUGGCCGGCCUUCAAUCAAGCGUCGUUGACAUCCUGGCCAGUCCUGGCGAGACCGCCGAUCGGCUAUAAGAUUGCGCCGCAUCAUGAAAAGCCACCGUACUCCUACAUCGCCCUGAUCGCGAUGGCGAUCAACUCGUCGCCGAAGCGACGGCUGACGCUCGCCGGGAUCUACAAGUUCAUCAUGGACAGAUUCCCCUACUACAGGGAGAACCGGCAGGGCUGGCAGAACAGUAUACGGCACAACCUCAGCCUGAAUGACUGCUUCGUGAAGGUACCGCGAGACCGGACGAGCACAGACGACGGCGAGGGUCAUACAGCCGGAAAGGGAAGUUACUGGACCCUGGACCAGUCCGCCAGCGAAAUGUUUGAACACGGCAAUUACAGGCGCAGGAGAACGAGACGACAGAGGAUACUCGCUCAUGAUGGAAGACUGGAAGGAUUAUCGAUAUCAACUGAAUUCUUAUCCAAUUCGAUGAAACAUCAAGAGGAACAACAAGAAAUCAUUGAAACAAAUGAAGAAAACGUUAUGACGAAGGAUACCGAAAUCGAAAGUAUAGAUUCUCCAGGACGUAUCACCAAAAUGACGAUGUUCAGCAUCGACAACAUCCUACGGAAGUCCACGCGAGAGUCGCAAAUAUAGUUUUAUAUACUUACUAUCGAAAUAGCUUCUAUAAUAUGAUAUCAAUAAAAUAGCUUGGCAUCGAGCAACUAUGUUAAAUAAGAAGAUUCGUUUUGGAACCAGAAAUCAAAUUUUCCAUUCUUACAUUAUACGUGUAUUCACGAAUUAUAACUAGUUCCAUUUAUUGUGAAAUGUUUUUUUUUUAUUUUAGCAUAAAAAAUAUUAUAUGCAACAUUAUAAUCGGAAGUUGGGAACUAAUAUACGUUCUAUGUAAUUUCUUUCACUCGCGCUAAUCCAGCAAACUAUGAAUACAAACUACUAUAUAACAUAGAUGUAAAUUUAUGUAUAUUAUAUAGCAGUUAGAUCUGUAUUUGCUGAAAAAGUGAAAAGCGCAACGAAGAGAUUUUGUUAAUACUUUUGAAGUUUUCACGAGUAUUUUCUUCAGAGUUCAGAGGUGCCAAAAAAUUUGAUGAAACCAUUUAAUUAAAACAUG